AGUUGUAGUCCGCCAUAAAGCCAACAGAAGAAGAAAAAUAGCAUGGCCGCUUCCAUUAUGUUGCUCCCUCGGAGAAUAGUUCGUGAUGCUUUUCGAACUAUCAAUAGCAGUGUGUCUGUUCGAAUAGUCAGUUCAAGUUGCCCUUCGAAUCUUUCAGCUUGUCGAUGCUUCAGCGAUGGUGCCGCGGACAAAAGUACACAUUUCGGCUUCGAGACUGUGUCCGAAGGAGAGAAGGCAGAGAGAGUUUACAAGGUGUUUGAGAGCGUGGCCCAGAAGUAUGAUGUGAUGAAUGAUGCUAUGAGUCUGGGGGUCCACCGGCUCUGGAAGGACAUGCUACUCCACGUUAUGAACCCCCAGCCAGGCAUACGCCUACUGGACGUAGCUGGAGGAACCGGUGACAUCUCCUUCAGAUUCCUGAACUAUGUGAGGUCUCAGCAGGAGCGUGUUGCACAGCGGACUGCCCGGGCCAACCAGACCCCCUCCUGGCAGGAGAUCUCAACCAGCUACACGACCCCCACGGAGGGAAUGGAGACUGAGGCCAGAGAUUCCAGGGCUGUAGUCUGUGACAUCAACAAGGAGAUGCUAAAAGUGGGCAAACAGAAAGCGGAGAGCAUGGGCGUCAGUAGUGGUCUGUCCUGGGUGGUAGGAGAUGCAGAGGAACUGCCUUUCGAUGAUGACCAGUUUGACGUGUAUACCAUUGCUUUUGGCAUCCGUAAUGUCACCCACAUAGACCUGGCUCUACAGGAGGCUGUACGGGUGCUGAAGCCAGGGGGAAGGUUCAUGUGUCUGGAGUUCAGUAAAGUCACCAACCCCCUGCUGGCCAGGCUCUACGAUGCCUACAGUUUCCAGAUGAUCCCAGUGCUGGGGGAGGUGAUCGCUGGCGACUGGAAGUCCUAUCAGUACCUGGUGGAGAGCAUCAGGAAGUUCCCAGACCAGGACACAUUCAAACAAAUGAUUGAGGAUGCAGGGUUAUUUUCUGUCCGCUACCACAACCUGACAGGAGGAGUGGUGGCCCUACACUCUGGAUUCAAGCUGUGAACAGAGCAGUGCUGAUCUAGGAACGGAGCAGUCCUCCCAUGUGAAGUCAUACUACCCUCUGGUCAACUGAGAAACUACACUGAUCACUCUGAAAGUUAUGGAUUGAUAUGGUCCCCUCUUGCCAAAACUUGACUGAACGCCACUAAUUGUGUACAAAUCAAUCAAAUAAAACUUUAUUGAAAGCA